AUGACCGAAGAAACAGUAGUGGCGCCGUCAUUAUCCACUUAUCAAGACGAUAGCACAUUCACAUUUGCCAAGGUUUCAGCGAAAACUGAUGAAAGAAAGCAUCUCGGGGAAUUUCACAAUGAAGAAGAAUUAGUCAAGAAAAUAUGGCAAUACUAUACUUUGUCUGAUUUGGUAGAUUUCCUUAAACAGAAAACCGAAGGAGAAACUAAAUACAAACGAAUAACACUCCAGUUUCCCGAUUCGUUGAUUUGUGAUUCUGCAAUAAUUGUCCAAGAAUUACAACGAGAGUUGGCCUUGGAACCAUGUUUGAGUGAUGACAAAUCAGCAUGCGACAAUUUGUCAGGAUGUUGUGGAAAGAAGGAUGUGGAUAAUGGAGAUAAACAGCGAUUGUGGAUCUUGGCAGAUACUUCAUACUCGACAUGUUGUAUAGAUGAGGUUGCUGCUGAGCAUGUCCAUUCUGAUUUAGUGGUUCACUUUGGUGAUGCCUGUUUGAAUGAUGUUGAGAAAUUGUCUGCAGCUUACGUGUUUGGAAAGCCUGAAGUAGAUAUAACUUCCCUUGUCAAUAGUUUUAAAGCCAGAUACGAAGAUUUGAACCUUCCUAUUGUCCUUAUGGCUGAUGCCCCUCACACAUAUAUCCUCCAUUGUUUAUAUGAAAAAUUGAGAAGUGAAUACACCAAGUUGAUAGUUGCUGAUUUGCACAUUAGUAAAACAUCUCAAGCUACAAUAAUAGGAUAUCAACCUGAAUCUAGUUCCAGCUUGCAUAAAUUCAACCGGUCAUUCAUAAAUCUCGAUGCGGAUACCUCCUUUGAGUCGUGUGACCUUUUCCAUAUAACUGCACCUGAAGCACCACGACUCCUCCAAUUGACAACUUGCUUCAAUUCAGUGUCCACCUAUGACCCAUCAACAAAUUUAGUCUCUCAAGGACCAUUUCCUAACUUAAUGCGUCGAUAUAAGUACAUGCAUGUUGCUAGAUCCGCAGGAACCAUUGGCCUUUUGGUGAACACACUUUCACUAACCAAUACUAAGAAAUUGAUCAAUGUGAUUGGUGCAAGAAUUAAAGCUGCUGGUAAGAAACAUUAUGUAUUUGUUGUUGGGAAACCUAAUGUUGCAAAAUUGGCUAAUUUUGAGAGCGUUGAUUUAUGGUGUGUUGUCGGGUGCGACCAUCAAGGCAUUGUUCUUGAUCAAGCUGGUGAAUAUUUCAAGCCUAUUGUUACUCCAUAUGAAUUAUUGUUAGCUUUAAGUGAUGAAAUGACCUGGACUGGUAAGUGGAUUACUGAUUUUGCUAGUGUGUUGGAGAAUUAUAAGGAGACUGAAACCGAGAGCGAGGAAGAAAAGGAAAAGGGCGAGAACGAGGACGAUGACGAAGAUGCUCCUCCUGAGUUUGAUCCUGUCACUGGAAGAUACAUCAGCACAUCGCGUCCAUUAAGACAGAUUAACCAUUUAAUGAUUUCAUCCGAAGAGCAAAAUGAGGAGGAGGAUGAUGAUGACACGGAAAAACAGUUGGUGCAAAAGUUUGGUAGUACGAUUGCAAUUAGAAAUACUGUAUCUACUUCAGCAGUACAUUUACAAAAUAGAGCAUGGACUGGGUUGGGUAGCGAUUUUACACAAGAACUGGACAAUACCGGUGCAUUAGUAGAAGAAGGAAGGGGUGGUAUUGCCCGAGGAUACGAUUUUGAUAGAAGUAACAAUUAA